UCAACAGGGCUGAACAUGGAACUCGAAGAUAUAGCAAAGAUAAAGAAAAUUCUUCUUCAGCUAGAAAGUGCCAUUGAUGCAGUGGAGCUGCCACCCAAUGACAGUGGGAUCACCAAAGAGGGGAGCUACAUCUUUGAGCUGUUUGCAGAGGCCCAGAUAACGUUCCAGACCAAAUCCUCCCUCCUGGAGUCCCUGGAGCAGAUCUUACAGUUUCUUUCAGGCCGUACUGGGAUAUUUGUCAAUACAUCUGGAUUACACAAGCUCUCAGAUAUUAUCCAGACAGUAUUCAACGUUGAUCCUCCAGAAGGCACAACAGGUUUCGUGCCCCAUAAAUCAAUAUCUAAAUAUUAUAAGGUUCACAUUCAUCUGGAUAACAGCAAUCAAAAGAAGAAACAAAGAACAGAUCUCUGGAACUCAUCUGCAAAAAAACAAGGAAAGACCUUAAGCUAUUGGUGUUUCAGCCCUGGAUACAGCAUGCACGAGCUUGUUCGACAGGGAGUCAGGACAAUUAUCCUCACUAGUGGGACUCUGUCCCCCCUCUCAUCAUUUACAAUGGAAAUGCAGAUCCCUUUUCCUGUUUGUCUGGAGAAUCCUCAUGUUAUUGAUAAACACCAGCUCUGGGUUGGGAUCAUUCCUAAGGGACCUGAUGGAGCUGUGCUUACUUCUACCUAUGAAAGAAGGUUUUCAGAGGAUUAUUUAUCUUCUCUGGGGAAAACAAUUGGGAACCUGGUGAGGGUUGUACCACACGGGCUGCUGGUGUUCUUCCCAUCCUAUCCUGUCAUGGAUAAGAGCCUGGAGUACUGGAGAGAGCAUGAUUUUGCUAGAAGAAUAGAGGAAGUGAAGCCAAUGUUUGUGGAACCCAGGAACAAAGGAAGCUUUGCAGAGGUAAUGGGUGCCUACUAUGAUAAAGUUGUCUGUCCUAAAUCCAAUGGAGCUGCUUUCUUGGCAGUGUGUCGGGGAAAGGCCAGUGAAGGCUUGGACUUUGCAGACAUUAAUGGACGAGGAGUCAUCAUUACUGGGCUUCCAUUUCCUCCUCGUAUGGAGCCCAGAGUCAUUCUAAAGAUGCAGUUCCUGGAUGAAAUGAGAAGAAGUGGUGCAGGUGCACAGUAUUUAUCUGGGCGAGAGUGGUACAGUCAGCAAGCCUCCCGGGCUGUUAACCAGGCUAUUGGCAGGGUCAUCAGGCAUCGCCAGGACUAUGGUGCCAUCUUCCUCUGUGACCACAGGUUCACCACUGGUGAUGUAAGAGGCAAGCUGCCCUCCUGGGUCCGCCCGUACGUGAAUGUUUAUGACAACUUUGGGCAUGCAGUCAGAAGUGUCUCCCUCUUCUUCCGUGUUGCUCAAGACAUUAUGCCCCCACUCCUGCCACAGUGCCCUUCUGGCUCUGCUGCUUCCCUAAAUGAAACCAGUACAGCACCAUCUACUUCAUCUGAGCAGACCCUCUCCCUGAAAAAAGCCAAAAACUUGGAUGACCAUGUUCCUAGUUUGAAGAGGAAAAGGAACGUAAAUGGAGAUGGAGCUUCCAGCCUCUGCAUGGAGUAUGAACAAGAGCUUGUCUCACCUAGAAGACAGUGUGCUGGGCUCUUGGAUGCCUUGGAACGCAAUGAGAAGAACACUGAAGGUGCAGAGGAGGAAGAUGACUUGUCAGGAGAGGAGAAGGCACACCGUCUGUCAACACUUAGCCUUCAGUAUGAGAAGAGGUUAACAGAUGAGCAGAAAGGAGGAAGGAAGAGAAUAAAGCUAGUCAGCAAUACACAAGCUGCUAAGAGGACAGACCUGACAGAGCCCAGGAAGGCCCGAGCCACGAUGUACAUCGCCACGGUGAAGGAGACCCUGAGCCAGCAGAACUACGACCUCUUCUCUAAGGCUCUUCAGCACUACAAGAAGACAGAUGACUUCCCUGCUAUGUUAUCUCAAAUGAGCUCUCUCUUCAUAGAGGAUGAAAAAAAGCAUGUCUUGUUACGAGAAUUUUACCAGUUUGUUCGACCUCACCAUAAAAAGCAGUUUGAUGAAGCCUGUUGCAGUCUGACUGGAGUAGGCUGUGGCUACAAACCUGAGCACAGCCUCCUGCGGGAAGAAAGAGAGAUACUAGCCAAGAAAAUAGAAGAAAAACAGAGCCAGCAGAAAACUGCAUCCUCAAAGGACUCAUGUGCUCAGCUAAACCCUGGGCUCCACUUGAACCAAGGAGGACUCCACUUGACAACAGGGCUGAACAAUGCAGGGCAGGAUGCCAGUCAAGCUCCAAGGAAAGACACUGAGAAAGCUUCAAGCUCUAGGAGAGAUCACCACCAGGUCCUCAGGACUGCCUACCUCACAGACAUGAAAAGGGCUUUGACCAAAAGCACUUACAGCCAGUUCUAUGAAGCAUUGUUGGCUUACAAGAAAACUGAUAACUAUGAUGCCAUGAUAUCAGUCGUGGCAGCCCUCACCACUGAGAGGCCAGAAGACUUUCACCUCCUACAGAGGUUUUACAUGUUUGUGCGUCCUCAUCACAAAGAGCAGUUCAAACAGACCUGUAAAAAUUUGACUGGAAUGGUCUGUGGAGAGGGAGAGAAGCAACUGCAACAGGAGGUGCAAGGGGAAGGGAACCCUCUGAGUUUGGAGAGCUUGUGCACAGAGGGAGAAAACAGCCAUGCACAAGAUGCAGCCACAUCUAAAGGUGACAUGCCAGAGAAAAUUCAGAGGAAGAUUUCCUCCUUCUGCUUCACCCAGAAAAAUGAACCUGAAUUCCCAAAGACCCAAGUACCCAAGGAAGCCAGUAAAGUGAGAGCCCCCCCAGGCUCUGGAGCUGUGCCCAUCUUCCCCUUAGAGAUGGAGCCAGAGUAUGGUGAAGAAGUGCCCAGGGUGCCACAGUGA